AUGAAAUCCAAAGAAAUACGCACUGAAAACGAAUGGAAGAAUGACGCAAUAUCACAAGUUGGAUCAAAUCGAUUCUCUUCCAUAAGUCGUUUAUCCGCACGUACUGAAUAUGACGACGAAACAGAAAUGUAUUGGGUCAAAUUCACUGCCAUUUUCGAUCAGAGAAGAAAAAAGGGGAAUCGCUCUCCUACACAAAUGUACAAUAUAUUAUCUGAUGAGAUCGGACUUAGUCCUGGCACAUUAGCCAGCUUCUAUCAUUUAUUUCAUGAGGAGUUGGGAACAUUAGGGUUUUUUUCCCAAUCACAGAACGAAUCCAAGAAAGACUACGAUAGAUAA